CGGUAAAGAAGUGAGGCUGCUCAACAUUUGGACUCUCUGCAGAAAGAGGACACAUUCAGACGCUGGACUGUCCAAGAACUGAAGGAGAAUGAUUGAGUGACAACUCCAAAAGCCAUGGACUGGGAGAAUCUUUCAAACCGAUCCCUGGUCAAUUCUUCAACUCCAGCUUCCUUCUCCGGCCUGGACCUUCUCUACGACCUGAAACUUGUCUUCCUCCCUCUCUACUCUGCCGUGGUUCUGGUUGCCUGCUCCGGCAACCUCCUGCUAGUCUUUCUCAUCUGGCACAACAAGAAAAGACACAACACAACCAACUUCCUCAUCAGCAACUUAGCAGUCGUCGACCUAGUCAUGUGCAUUUUCUGUGUCCCGUUGACUGCGUCCUACGCCUUCGACCAGCGCGGAUGGGUGUUUGGAGGCCCCAUGUGCCAUUUUGUAACUGUCAUGCAGUGUGCAGCAGUCUAUGCUGCUGUCCUGUCGCUCAUGGCCAUUGCAGUGGAUCGAUAUGUGGUUGUGGCUUAUCCAAUUCGCAAAAGAGCAGGCUGUCACUUCUGCUGGGGUCUGGUGCUUCUGAUCUGGCUCUCCUCUCUGGCCUUAUCCACACCUACAGCUCUUCACACCGUAUACCUGGACCUGGGGGCCACAGGGCUGCAGAUGGCCGUGUGUGAGGAGUUCUGGGAUGGUGAGGAGCAGGGCCGCCUCAUCUACUCCUGCUUUAUUCUCUUCUUCUCCUACUUUGUUCCACUAGCUGCUGUCUCCAUCUCCUACUGUGCCAUAUCCUAUCACCUGAAACAGAGGACCAUCUCAGGCCUGACAGCGUGUCCAGAGCUGAGGUCAGCAAGGGCUGUGUGGAGCAGACGGAGGCGGAAGACUUUCCUCCUGCUGCUGGUGUCUGUCCUCUGUUUUGCCUUCUCCUGGCUGCCCUUACAGGUGGUGAAUCUGAUCCGCGACCUGGACACAGACUUCUCCAUUUUAGGGAAAAAUUACGUGAACAUCAUCCAGGUGUCCAGUCACCUGUUCGCCAUGAGCUCGGCCUGCUACAACCCUUUCAUUUACGCUUCACUACAUGAGAAGUGCUUGUCCUGUCUGUGUAACCGCUUCCUGUCACGGAGGAGAAACAAAGGGAGGGAGAGCGGUCAGGGGUCAAGUAUUCUGACAGUGUCCCACAGAGUUCAGCGGCCUCACACCUCCACCUUUGUGGCGGAUUUACCUUGUAGUGUUAAAAAUAAUCCUCAGGAUAACUACGCUUAG